AUGUGGAACUCUCGCAAGGUGGGAGUGCUUGGUGGGGGCCAACUGGGCCGAAUGCUCGUCGAGUCCGCGAAUCGAUUGAACAUCCAGGUGAAUGUUCUGGAUGCCGAUAAUUCGCCUGCGAAACAGAUCAGCGCCCACGAUGGCCAUGUGACCGGCUCGUUCAAGGAGCGCGAGGCAGUGCGCCAACUGGCCAAGACCUGCGACGUCGUGACGGCCGAGAUCGAACAUGUGGAUACCUACGCACUGGAGGAAGUUGCCUCGGAGGUUAAGAUCGAGCCCAGCUGGCAGGCGAUCCGGACGAUUCAGAACAAAUUCAACCAGAAGGAACAUCUGCGGAAGUAUGGCAUACCAAUGGCGGAGCACCGGGAGUUGGUCGAGAACACUCCCGCGGAACUUGCCAAGGUUGGCGAGCAACUCGGGUAUCCCCUGAUGUUGAAGUCGAAGACCAUGGCGUAUGAUGGACGUGGAAACUUCCGUGUCAACUCCCAGGACGACAUCCCCGAGGCGCUCGAGGCGCUCAAGGACCGGCCAUUAUACGCUGAGAAGUGGGCCUACUUCAAGAUGGAACUGGCUGUGAUAGUCGUCAAGACCAAGGACGAGGUCCUCUCAUACCCCACCGUCGAGACAGUCCAGGAGGACUCGAUAUGCAAGCUCGUGUACGCGCCGGCGCGCAACGUGUCGGACGCCAUCAACCAGAAAGCGCAGGAGCUGGCGCGCAAGGCCGUGGCGGCCUUUGAUGGCAAGGGCGUCUUCGGCGUGGAGAUGUUCCUCCUGGAGGACGACAGCAUCAUGCUGUGCGAGAUCGCCAGCCGCAUCCACAACUCGGGCCACUACACGAUCGAGGGCUGCGCGCUGUCGCAGUUCGACGCGCACCUCCGCGCCAUCCUCGACCUCCCGAUCCCCGCGCAGAGCCUCGAGAUCCGCCAGCCGUCCAUCAUGCUCAACAUCAUCGGCGGCGCCGCGCCAGACACCCACCUCCAGGCCGCCGAGUGUGCCCUCUCCAUCCCCAACGCUAGCAUCCACCUCUACAGCAAGGGCGCCGCCAAGCCCGGCCGCAAGAUGGGCCACAUCACCGUCACCGCGCCCACCAUGCACGAGGCCGAGACGCACAUCCAGCCGCUCAUCGACGUCGUCGACCGCAUUCGCGCCCAGCGCACCGACAUCAAGACCCAGCCCGCCCCCUCCGGCCCCUCGAAGCCCGCCCCCUCCGUCGCCGUCGUCAUGGGCUCCGACAGCGACCUCAAGACCCUGGUGCCAGGCCUCAAGCUGCUCCGCGACUACUUCGGCAUCCACCCCGCCGUUGAUAUCACCUCCGCCCACCGCACCCCGACCUUCAUGGCCGAAUACUCCGCCGGUGCCGCCGCCCGCGGCAUCAAGGUCAUCAUCGCCGCGGCCGGCGGCGCAGCCCACCUGCCCGGCAUGGCCGCCGCGCACACGGCGCUCCCCGUCAUCGGCGUCCCCGUCAAGGGCAGCUCGCUCGACGGCGUCGAUAGCUUGUACAGCAUCGUGCAGAUGCCCAGAGGCGUCCCCGUCGCAACGGUGGGAAUCAACAACAGUAUCAACGCUGCGCUGCUGGCUGCGCGCAUCCUGGGUGCUUUCGACCCAGCCAUCCAGCGCAAGGUCGAGGCGUAUGCCGAGCAGGCCCGGGCCGAGAACAUGGAGCUGAAGGGAACCAAGAUGCAGGAGCUUGGGUGGGAAAAGUACUUUGAGCAGAUGUAG